UUGUCACUCACUGGACAAUGCAUGCCAGAGAGCUCGGUAGGCUUCACCGUCUUAUAUUAUACUGAAGAAAAAUGUGCUUUUAUCUUUUUUUUUUAAUUACAUAAUUCCAGAAAGAACAAAUGGGGAGGAAAAGCAGAAAAACAGAUUUAAUUUUAACUCCACACUUUUAUGUUUGGAAAGUGACCUUGUGAGACCGGACUGCAGAGAGAAUGUACAGCUCAUAUCAACGGACUAAAGAGUGAAGGCAUCAUUCUCCAGGCCAACUAUAAAUAGUCCAGCAGCCUACGCAUGCUCAUGUUUGAUUGGGAAUUGCAGUGCCUGAAGGCAGUGCUGAGGGGUGUCUGUCAAAGGAGGGAGAGAAACUUGUGAAUGCUCUCAUUAAUCUCUCUGGAAAGCCCAACCAAAGAAUAGUGACAACACAAACUUUUUUUCUUCUGGAGUCUCCGGAGUAUUCCUUUAUCUGGUGAAAAAUGGAUUCACGGAGGACGACACCACGCUCCUCUUUUGGCAAUGGAAGAUCCAACAGCGGGGAUGAUAUCAGUGGGAGUAGCCGGCCGAGUAGCUGCAGCUACCUCUCUAACGUGAGGCCGGAGAACAGGAGCACACUCUGCAGCAUGAUCGCACAGUUAACUGAGGAAACCCAGCCCUCCUUCGAAACAACCCUCAAGUCAAAAGCUGUGUCUGAGAAUUGCAAUAUGAAGUUCUCGUGCGUGGUUACAGGAUACCCUAUUCCUCAAGUCAUUUGGUACAAGGAUGAUGUGCAGUUAGACAGAUACUGUGGACUUCCUAAAUAUGAAAUCUUCCGCAACGGACAAAACUAUUCCCUGCACAUCUACGAUUGCACUGUGGAGGACGCAGCUAUAUACCAGGUCUCAGCCAGCAACAGUAAAGGCAUUGUGUCCUGCUCUGGGGUUCUGGAGGUGGGCGAAAUGAACGAGUUCAAGAUCCACCAGCGCUACUUCGCCAAGCUCAAACAAAAGGCUGAGAUCAGACGCAAGGAAGCGGAAGGUAAAGAAAACCAGGAGCCGCUACGAACCAUCAGUCCUGACCGCACACUGAGGAAGCGCCGCUCCACAAUGGAGGCCUUUCUCAGCACGCCAAGCUCCAUGGAGGAUGAGGGCAUCGAGGAGAGCCUUCAGGCUGUGGCUGUGGACACUGAAGCCAGGUUACAGGAGGCCACUGUGGAAGAGGUGGAGGAAAAACCAGUUCCCAUCACCAAUGGAGCAGUGUCAGCUGUAACUAAUAGACAGACUAUCGGUGAAAGUGGGCACAAGAGCGGGACAUGUAUAUACGACUCUGCCAAGAAGAUUUUUACUGCACACCAACCCAGAACUCCCUUUGUCAAAAAGAAGAUUAAAAUUUCCAACAGUACACCAGAAGAGCGGCCAUCUGAGGGGAGAAGGGCAACAGAUGAGACCUUAACCUCUGUAGCUCUGGCCUGCACAGAGCCAGUUCAGUCUGAGGGGAAUUCAGAAGAGUUUAUGGAAGUAGAGAACGUUGUUAGUUCAUCAGUUGUAGAUUCAGACUCCAGGAACGUGACAGAACGACAUCAGAAAUCAGGAACAGAGGAAGUAUUGCGUGCUGAAAGGCCUUCAAAGGGUGAAAACAUAUGUGUUGAGGAAGCUGUUCCUUCACAGAAAGUACAACUGCCUGCCUCAGUACAUGUUGCUCUUACAUCUACAAGUCAUACUGUUUCAGGAACUGAAGGUAAAAAAGCUGCAAAGCAUGAGAAGAAAGCUGGACGUAAAGAUACUGAACAGAAUUUGGAAAUGCAGAACCAAAGUCCUCACAAGACCUCAACGCAGCGACAGUCAAGUGCUGCAGCAGCGUCCCGACAACACCGAAGCACAGUAAAGGGUAACAUUUCUAAAACGGAACAUGUUGAAGUCAUGGAUGUGGACGAGAAGUCAAAUACUCCCACUGGUGGAUCCUCAGCACACAGAGACAUUGAGUCAGUGAACACACCACGUAAAAGCAGAACCUCUUUACUUCAGCGUCCACGUGAACAGGCUGGAGAUCAGCUGUCUGAGAAGGAAACAAGCCCCACCCGAAAAAAUGUGUCUGUGUUUCGGCCGGCGCUGCUGAACGAGGUUACACAGGCCCAUGCAAAGAUGAACAGGAAUGAUGCACCUGUCAGCCUUGAGCUUCCACCCAACCAGAUGUAUGCGCAACCACCACAAAAGACCGGAUCAGAGAGAGAGACCAUGGCAAAUGACAUCCAGACCCCGUCUUUGCACUGUGGUCUUCAAGUAGCAAUUGACAAAAUGACACAGGACACAUGGGAUCAUUCCAGGGGAUCAAAUGAAAGCCAUAGGGCCCUUUUUACAGACAUACAGAAGUCACCCCUCCAAAGCCCUGGUGGUGGUGAGAACUCCAGAGGGUGUAACGUUUCUUCCAGCGCCCAGCAAAGCCAAAUGAAUACAGCUAUAAAAACUGUUGAAGGGACAGAAAUACAAGUUGAUGAGAAGGUAGAAGGCAACGAGGUAGGUAAGUUAUUAGGGCAGUCUGACAGCGUGGCUCCAAAUGAGAAGAUAGUUGAGAUGGAGACUGAAAGUGCUGCUCUGAUUGAACACAUUGAAAGAGAAAAGACCAAAGAUGCAGCAAAUAAAGACACUGAUGUUAUCAUUGUGGAUGCAUCUAAUAAAGAAACUGAGAAGAAUGAGCACAUAUUAGAUAUGGAGGAGGAAACUAGUUCAGAAACACAGGAUCUACAGUCAUCUAUAUUGCAGCCUGCAAUCCCACUCCCGACAAAAACUUCAGAAAACACAAACAUGUCCGAACUCCAGAUAAAAGAGUUCCAGGAAAUUCCACAACCUGUCACAAAAGUAAUUUCUGUAGCUGAACUUUUGAGAUCACAAGUAAAGGCUCUUGAAUCCACACUGGUAAAUUCAGUGACCGUCUUACCGGUUCAUGCUGGCUUUAUACAAGAUCCAACUCCUACUGUGACAGAAACAUGUGAGGAGCUAAAAGAAGACAACAGCAAACCGACAGUGAAGAAGUCGAUGUCUGACAGGAAAACUGACACGGGUAUUACUCCUCCCAGAAUCAUAAAAGAAACCCUCAUUGAGGUUUUUAAUCAGCUAAAUAAAACUGACCAGGAACAAAUUCAGUCUCAAGGUGCAACUUCACCGCCUGUUCAGGCUUUACAAAACCCAUCUGUAAUCCCUCCCAUCUCUGUCACAGACACUGGCAUCGCUACAGAGAAUGCAGGACUUCAUGGCAGUGUUGAAACAUAUCAUGAAGGUGUCAUGGACAUUUGCCGGGAAACUGGAGCCUCAACUCAGGUUCCUCUGAAAGAUUGCCCUGUUGUGUCCCUUUCUGGGAGUGAACAUGUCAAACAAAAUCUCCCUCCUUCGACCUCUAAGGAUGAACUGACCAAAAUACUUUCAUCUGGAACUGUCCCACGAGAACCUGGGAAUCCACUUCCAGUGACACCUAUAAAGGCCGGCGGUCAAGAGUCAAAUAUUACAGUUUUGGAGCAUUCCAAAUGUGAACCUGUUCAAGGCAAAGAGAUGGGAGGUACACUAAAGUUAACCCCCAAAACUAAACUCAACUUCCAAACUGAAAUGGGGAUUAUUGAAAUGAAUUCCACAACACUAGAUCAAUACAAAAUGGAAGAACACGACGCAAACCCCAGUUCUUUGCAGAGUGUACAAACGUUUCCCACUAAAGGUGUACUUGGAACAGAUACAGAAGAGAAUAAUCUUCACAUUAUUCAGCAGGACAGCUCAGUGGCUGAGGAAUUUUCAAGAACUGACUUUUUAGGCAAUCCAACUCCUGGGGCUAGUCCAUUGUUAAAGAAACGAGACUGUGUUUCUCCCAUUCCUUCUGCUACUCCGCAAGAGCUAGCCUCUGGGGCCCGACGCAAAAUCCUCGUACCCAAGGCCAAACCUGAUGAGGCCUCAGAGGCUACAUCACCGGUUGAUAACCAAACUCAGAAAAAGGAAGUUCCUACAGAGAGCAGCAAGCUUUCCACAAGUCCAGUGACCCUCGCUGUGUCUCCAAGCCUGUCAAGACGGUCACCUCUACUUCAGCCCCCUGUCGAGCAAACCUGUCCUGCAGAAAGGCGUUCUCCGCUCUUGAGCAGAAGGAAGAUGGCAUCUGAUACUCAAGCACCAAGCCAGCCGCCCGCUGAGGAGAUCCACACCCCAAAAACUGAGGGGAAACCUGCAGAGAAGGACAAGCACGAUCCAUUCAAAGCACCUCAAGUUAUUCGUAAGAUCAGGGGUGAAACCUUCGCAGAUGCCUCCGGACACUUGAAACUGUGGUGUCAGUUCUUCAACGUACUUAGUGACUCUACAAUCAAAUGGUACAGAAAUACAGAGGCAAUUGCUCAGAUUAAAAGAAGCGCAGGGGAUGAAACUCAGGUCAAUCUUGCCAUUGUUCAGGCAACAUGCAAAGACUCUGGUGUUUACGGAUGCACAAUCACAAAUGAAUAUGGGACCGACUCAACAGACUGUCUCCUUAGUGCAGAUAUCUUGGCUGGAAUGUCCCUACGUGAGGACCUUGGUGUUGGAGAAGAGAUCGAAAUGACACCCCUGAUAUUCAACAAGGGUGUGGCUGAUUCUGGCAUCUGGGGUAACAAUUUUUUUGGCCGUAUAAUGAUGCAGGAAUCUCAUAUUGGUGAUGGCUGUUCUCAUAAAGUCUGGAGGGCAAAAGUCAUCUAUGGUCUGGAGCCUGUGUUUGAGUCUGGAAACACGUGUAUCAUUAAAGUAUGCAACCCCAUCGCCUAUGGAGGCAAAGCAGAAAGCUGCCUUAUAGAAAGGAACCUGGACGUUGUUAAGCAGAAGUGUAAAAUUCAGAACUUGGCUCGGGAAUACUGCAAAAUCUUCUCCGCAGAGGCAAGAGUGAUUGAAAACUUUGGCCCCUCGCUUGAGGUGAUCCCAGUCUACCUGAUGUACCGACCAGCAAACACUGUCCCUUAUGCCACAGUGGAGGCUGAUCUAUCAGGAGUCUACCAGAAAUACUCUGUCCUUGAUAAUUCAGGCAAAAUAGACAUGACGUCUGGCUCUGAGGCGGAGCAGAAGUGCUGUGCCCUGCAGCACUGGAUCUUUCAGUGGACCAAUGGCAGUCUGCUUCUCACUCGACUAGAAGGUGUUGACACCAAGAUCACCAAUGUUGGGAUUUCAGUUAAAUCGACGGGGCAUCAAGGUCUGUCUGUUGAAGGGAAUCCCAAAGUCUUUGAGCAGUUUGUCUCCCAGCACCAGUGUAACUACUUCUGUGGUCUGCUCAGCCUGAGGUCACUAAAGGUCCUGGACUCUUUAAUGACGCCAUCGAAGCCGAAGGGCUCCCGGAGUCCAUUACUUCAACGCAAAGUGUCUGCUGGCUCCUCCAGCCCUCAGACUGGCCGGAGAGCCGCUGGCAGCCCCAGAUUGCCCAGGAAGACUGAGCAAGAGGGCGGAAACACCCCCACUAAACAAAAAGCUGCUGAUGCUCCCAAACUUGUCAAGAUGGAGUAGAGUAAUCAUCACUCAAUAAGACAUGAAAGAUCACUCAAUAUCAGUGGUAUAGAAUUCCAAUCAAAUUCUAUUGACUUUCUCCACGAUGAAGUCCUAAACCAGAAAUGGUUCACUGUAUCAGCAAAGCAGUGCAGGGAGAAACAAAAGAGGCUGAUGACGCCUCUGUUUCUAAGAGAGGUAAAAAAAACAACUUCAGAGACCAGGAAAGAGAUUAUUAAAUAUUGUUUUGACAGCCACCAUUCCUUGCCAUUAUCACUCAUAGUGGAUCGAUGCCCUUACGUGUUGUACUGAUUAUCUAUUGUUUCCUACGAUCAACCAAGCUUGGGGUUGAAACUACAGGGAAGUGUAAUGAGAAGUAGCUGUCCUUGGUUUGUAUUCUAUCAGUCAAUGUACCAUUGUUGGUCACAGAUUGUGAAUCCCAAUCUCAGGUCAGUGUAUUUGUACUAAAUGAAUUUGCCAGAUAACACUUUUUGAACUGAAGUGGCAUAAUAUGUAGUUUAUUGUAGUAAUCUGAAUGUAGGGCAGUUAUGUCAAUAGUAAAGUCAAGUCAUAACAGAUACACAGUACAGCACAUUUUUAAGGCUGAGUAAACAAACUAUAUUUUUCGGUUAUGUAUCAAGCCAAAUGUAGCGUCACGUGACACUGUUGUAGGGUGGCAAAUGGUGCUGUGCUUUUAUAUUGUAACCUGUCAUGUUUACUUGCUGUUCUACAUUGCACUGCAUUUUUAGAAACUGCACCUUUGAAUGCAACUGGCUGUAAAAUAAAAGAUGUGAUUAUGCCUUG